CUUUCUCUUUCUCUCUUUCUCUCUCUCUCUCUCUAUCUCUGCUCAUCUGAUAGUCACAGAGUCACAGGCGCACUGUGAUUCCUAUUGAUUCCUCCUUUGCUCUCGUCACAAACACGCUAUCUGGGGCACUGUGUAUCAAUUGAUCUUUACGGAGUGCGUUCAUUACGGAGUGCGUCGACCUAUAAAAAGGAGUGUGGCUUGGAGCACUGGACCAGACUUUCCCCAGUUCUGUUCUUGAGGUGCGAGGGAGACUCCAGAGAGAGAUACUGAGCAAUAUGGAGGGGACUUUCCGAGAGCAGCUGUUCUUUGUUGUGUUAUGUCUGUCAGUUCUCAAGGGAGACGCCAGGUACAUGGAGGAAAAUGAGAUCACUCCAGAAGGAUUAUUUUCCCUUCUUAAUUCUGAACUCAAAAGAGAAAUACCAGAGGAAUUAAUUUACAGCCGACCUCUCCGGUGUCUGGACAUGGUGGCAGCAGAGGGUCAGUUCACCUUUACAGCAGACCGGCCUCAUCUCAGCUGUGCUGCUUUCUUCAUCGCUGAGCCCAACCAGGUCAUCAAUGUGGAGUAUGAUAGCGUUGACAUCGACUGCAGAGGUGGAGACUUCAUCAAGGUGUUUGACGGCUGGGUGAUGAAGGGAGAGAAGUUCCCUAGUUCCCAGGAUCACGCCCUGCCGCUGAUGGAACGCUACGUAGACUACUGCGACUCCGGGACUGUCAGGAGAACCGUACGGUCAUCUCAGAACGUUGCAAUGGUGUUCUUCCGUGUUCACACCGUCGGCAGCUCCUUCACGCUGACUGUCAGGAAACCCAUCAACCCUUUCCCCUGUAAUAUCAUCUCCCAGACACCAGAGGGCAGCUUCACCAUGGUGAUACCCCAGCAGCACAGGAACUGCAGCUUCUCCAUCAUCUACCCCGUGGAGAUCAAGAUCGCUGAGCUCAGCCUGGGACACCUCAACGACUUCCCCAUCAAGAAGUCCAUGCCAGGCUGUGCUGGAGCAGGGGACUUUGUGGAGCUGCUGGGAGGGAACGGGAUGGACCCGUCUAAGAUGUUCCCAGUAGCUGACCUCUGCUACAACUUCAACGGCCCCGCCCAGAUGAAGAUAGGUUGUGACAACACUGUGGUGAGAAUGGUGUCCAGCGGUAGGUUUGUCAACCGGGUGGCGUUCCAGUACCGGCUACUGGACCGGCAGGAGCUGCAGAGGAUCAAGGUGAACAGUGUGGAGGAUUUCUGCUUCACUGGCUGAGCUCUCUCUAUCUAUCUCUCUAUCUACCACCUAGCUAAUUGGGACCACCCAUCACUGGCUGAGCUCUCUCUAUCUAUCUCUCUAUCUACCACCUAGCUAAUGGGGACCACCCAUCACUGGCUGCCAAAUCUACCAUGAUACUGAUUACAGAAAAACAUCCUGAGGAUUGCCAUAACGUUCUGUUCUGUACUCCUUUUUGAAUUUAAACAGAUUGAUUUAUUUUUUACCUCAUUCGUUUUUUUCCUUCACUAUAUGUUAAAUGAAUUGUGGCUGGUGCUCAAGCUUAAUAAAGUGUUAUUUUGUGUUUGUGGGCAGUUCUGCUAUUGGUUUGAUUCUAUGAAUGCCAGUGAAAACAGACCAGUGAGGGUGUUAGCAGGGUGUUUUGGUUCACGUUCUUUACAAGGAAGGGUGUUGAAAAACUGAAUGUUUCUUUCUAUUUAUUUUGGGAGACAAUGUGUGUCGUUUUGGGACUGUGGCCGGAGGCAAGUGUUCAAUAGAGUAUGUUAAAUACAUGUUCAUUGCUGUUAUCUAUAUUUAUUUGUAUCAAACAAUUUUUUUGUAAUAAA